ACAAACAAACUUUGAUAAUUAUUCAAGAUGUCAGCAAAAAUCUUGCUUCCAAUAUUGUUGCUUGUAUUAUCAGUUCCUUGUUGCUUCUGUUUGCCAUUAUCAACAAAAGGGAAAUGGAUAGUGGAUUCAAAAACAGGCGAGAGGGUGAAAUUAGCUUGUGUAAACUGGCCUUCCCACUUAGAACCUAUGUUAGCUGAGGGUCUUGCUGACAAACCCUUGAAGCAAAUUGUUUUUCAAAUUGUUAGAGGGAAUUACAAUUGUGUUCGUUUUACAUGGGCAACUUUUAUGUUCACUCGUUAUGCUAAUCUCACAGUUAGAGAAUCUUUUAAUACCCUUAACCUAACUGAAACUGUUGCAGAAAUUAGAAGACAGAAUGGGUUUAUACUGGAAAAGACCCUCCCUCAGGCUUUUGAAACCGUUAUUGAUGAGCUUGGGAGACAGGGUGUAAUGGUUAUUCUUGAUUGCCAGGUUAGCAAGCCAACUUGGUGUUGUGGAGAAAAAGAUGGAAAUGCUUUCUUUGGUGACGAAUAUUUUGAUGUUGAAGAAUGGCUACAAGGUUUAACCACAGCUGCUGAGCUCGCCAAGGGUAAACCGAAUGUAAUAGGAAUAAGCACAAGAAAUGAACUACGUGGUCCAUUGUCAAAUGUGGACAAUUGGUACAAAUACAUAACUCAAGGAGCAGAAGCAAUUCACAAGGCAAACCCAGAUGCAAUAAUAUUAGCUUCAGGGCUGAGUUAUGCUAAUGACCUCACUUUCUUGAAGAAUCAAUCUUUAAGGAGUAACUAUGACAACAAAUUAGUGUACGAGGCACAUUGGUACCCAUGGAGUUGGGCUCCGACCGACACUUGGGAUGAUAAAAACAUUAACCAAAUUUGUCAAAACAAAUUGCAACACUUCAUUGACCAAACUGGUUUUGUUAAUACUCUUAAAAAUCCCGUGCCUCUUUUUCUUGGUGAAUUUGGGUUAAACCUAAGAGGUCUUUUGAGAUCUCAAGACCACUUCUUGAGCUGCUUUUUGGCCUAUGCUUCUGAUAUUGACUUGGAUUGGGCUAUUUGGGGCCUUCAGGGAAACUAUUACUUCCGUUCAAAUAAAAUUGGCAUGGAUGAAACUUUUGGAGUCUUGGAUUACCACUGGAACCGUAUCAGAAAUCCCCAUUUCGAGAAUAGAUUAAAGCUUAUUAAGCAGAAGCUUCAAGAGCCAAGUUCAGAUUACUAUAAUUACUAUAUAAUGUUCCACCCACAAAGUGGUUCGUGUGUCCUGUCAAGUAGUAGAAGGGAAGUAUAUACAGAGAGUUGCAGCAACAACCCGAGCCAAUGGUUUUAUGCAGGAGAUGGUCAUCCAAUUAGAUUGAAAGGCACUGACCUGUGUAUUGAAGCUGUUGGUGAUGGAGUUAGACCAAUUCUUUCUGAGAAUUGCCAUGGUCCCCAAAGUUCCUGGAAAUUGCUAUCAGAGACUAAGCUUCAUGUAGGUGUCUUUGAUCAGUCGUCAGGACAAUAUCUAUGCUUGCAAAAGGAUUCACCCUACACUUCCACGAUUAUCACUACCAAAUGUCAUUUCACUCUUCAGGAUACUAAUUGCCUGGAAGAUCCUCAGGAUGACCCAACAACUCAAUGGUUUAAGCUUGUAACCACAAAUGUUAGGACCUAUUAGAUCGAAUUAGCUAGAGCUUUGUUAGGUGUUGAUUCUUUUGUUUUCUUAAUUCCAAACUCAUUGGAUCGAUGUUUAGUUCCUGAUUAAGGUUAUAUAAUGAGAUUAGCUGAUUUUAGGUUUAUUAA